AUCCAAGCUCCAGUAUACUUUAACCAUUCAAAAAUAUGCUAAAGUGGUAACCAAAACACGUUCUAAUAAGAAUUGUUUGUGAACGCUGGCUCAAAAGUUACCAAGUUGAGUUUGUUUACAAAGUGUUUGAACUGACAGUGAGUGGCGCCCCAGGCGGUGUAAGUUGGCAGCACUGAUGUCCGCCAUUGUGGCAGCGCCAUGACGCACCGGUCGGGGUUGCCAGGCGGCGCGCGCGGCGUCUCCCCGCCGCGCGUCACGUGGGUGGUGAGGUUGGGAGACCCGCCUGUGCUUGGGAAUGCGCCGUAUGAAACGCAUCUUACGCAUGGCAAGUACGAGCGAGAGGACGUACAGAAGAAAACAUUCGCAAAAUGGAUCAACUCGCAACUGGUCAAGAACGGCAAGCCGCUAGUGGCGGAUUUGUUCGCCGACUUGCGCGACGGCGAGGUGCUGCUGUCGCUGCUCGAGAUCCUCACCGCGCAGCAAUAUAAACGCGAACGCGGCCGUAUGCGCGUGCACCACGUGAACAAUGUGAGCACGGCGCUGCGCGCGCUCAACGAUGCCGGCGUCAGGCUCGUGAACAUAGCCGCGGCGGACGUCGUCGACGGCAACCCCAAACUCAUACUUGGUUUAGUAUGGAGCAUCAUCUUGCACUGGCAAGUGCAGUACCAUCUGAAGGAGUUGAUGUCAGAGCUGCACCAUACAAGCCUGGAACGAACAUUGCUGGCGUGGUGUCGCGCGCAUACGCAGGGUUACGAAGGCGUAGACGUGACGAACUUCACGUCGUCCUGGGCCGACGGGCUGGCCCUGAACGCGCUGCUGCACCGCUGGCGCCCGCAGCUGUUCGACUUCCACGAGGUGGCGCGGCGCGCGCCCGCCGAGCGCCUCGACCACGCCUUCACGCUGGCGCACAACUACCUCGGGAUAGACCGGCUGCUGGACCCCGAGGAUGUAAACACCCCGAACCCGGAUAAGAAGUCGAUCAUGAUGUACCUGAUGUGCCUGUUUCAAUCGCUGCCGCACUCGACGCCCGAGCUGGCAACGUUGCAGCCCGAGGGCUCGGAGAACGUCGACCAGGACUCGGAGCCCGCCUCGCCUGUAGGAAACACGGCCGAGAGCGGGUCGCGGCCGCUGUCGACGGCCACGACGGGCUCGGGCGAGCUGGGCGGCUACUCGGCCGCGCUGGAGGACGCGCUGGCCUGGCUGCUGGACGCCGAGGAGCGGCUGGCCGCGCGCGCGCCGCCGCCGCCCCGCGCCAGCCUCGCCGAGCUCAAGGAGCACUUCCACGUGCACGAGGCCUUCCUGCUCGAGCUGGCGGCGCAGCAGGCGGGCGUGGGCGGCGCGCUGGCGCUGGGCGCGCGCCUCGCGGCCGACGGCGCGCUGUCGGGCGCCGAGGCCAGGGAGGCCCUCCUGCUGGAGCUGGCGGCGCAGCAGGCGGGCGUGGGCGGCGCGCUGGCGCUGGGCGCGCGCCUCGCGGCCGACGGCGCGCUGUCGGGCGCCGAGGCCAGGGAGGCCCUCCUGCUGGAGCUGGCGGCGCAGCAGGCGGGCGUGGGCGGCGCGCUGGCGCUGGGCGCGCGCCUCGCGGCCGACGGCGCGCUGUCGGGCGCCGAGGCCAGGGAGGCCCUCCUGCUGGAGCUGGCGGCGCAGCAGGCGGGCGUGGGCGGCGCGCUGGCGCUGGGCGCGCGCCUCGCGGCCGACGGCGCGCUGUCGGGCGCCGAGGCCAGGGAGGUCAGUCCCCUGCCUUAUGUACUGCCACGUGCACGAGGCCCUCCUGCUGGAGCUGGCGGGCGCAGCAGGCGGGCGUGGGCGGCGCGCUGGCGCUGGGCGCGCGCCUCGCGGCCGACGGCGCGCUGUCGGGCGCCGAGGCCAGGGAGGUCAGUCCCCUGCCUUAUGUACUGCCACGUGCACGAGGCCCUCCUGCUGGAGCUGGCGGCGCAGCAGGCGGGCGUGGGCGGCGCGCUGGCGCUGGGCGCGCGCCUCGCGGCCGACGGCGCGCUGUCGGGCGCCGAGGCCAGGGAGGCCCUCCUGCUGGAGCUGGCGGCGCAGCAGGCGGGCGUGGGCGGCGCGCUGGCGCUGGGCGCGCGCCUCGCGGCCGACGGCGCGCUGUCGGGCGCCGAGGCCAGGGAGGCCCUCCUGCUGGAGCUGGCGGCGCAGCAGGCGGGCGUGGGCGGCGCGCUGGCGCUGGGCGCGCGCCUCGCGGCCGACGGCGCGCUGUCGGGCGCCGAGGCCAGGGAGGCCCUCCUGCUGGAGCUGGCGGCGCAGCAGGCGGGCGUGGGCGGCGCGCUGGCGCUGGGCGCGCGCCUCGCGGCCGACGGCGCGCUGUCGGGCGCCGAGGCCCUCCUGCUGGAGCUGGCGGCGCAGCAGGCGGGCGUGGGCGGCGCGCUGGCGCUGGGCGCGCGCCUCGCGGCCGACGGCGCGCUGUCGGGCGCCGAGGCCAGGGAGGCCCUCCUGCUGGAGCUGGCGGCGCAGCAGGCGGGCGUGGGCGGCGCGCUGGCGCUGGCGCGCGCCUCGCGGCCGACGGCGCGCUGUCGGGCGCCGAGGCCAGGGAGGUCAGUCCCCUGCCUUAUGUACUGCCACGUGCACGAGGCCCUCCUGCUGGAGCUGGCGGCGCAGCAGGCGGGCGUGGGCGGCGCGCUGGCGCUGGGCGCGCGCCUCGCGGCCGACGGCGCGCUGUCGGGCGCCGAGGCCAGGGAGGCCCUCCUGCUGGAGCUGGCGGCGCAGCAGGCGGGCGUGGGCGGCGCGCUGGCGCUGGGCGCGCGCCUCGCGGCCGACGGCGCGCUGUCGGGCGCCGAGGCCAGGGAGGCCCUCCUGCUGGAGCUGGCGGCGCAGCAGGCGGGCGUGGGCGGCGCGCUGGCGCUGGGCGCGCGCCUCGCGGCCGACGGCGCGCUGUCGGGCGCCGAGGCCAGGGAGGCCCUCCUGCUGGAGCUGGCGGCGCAGCAGGCGGGCGUGGGCGGCGCGCUGGCGCUGGGCGCGCGCCUCGCGGCCGACGGCGCGCUGUCGGGCGCCGAGGCCAGGGAGGCCCUCCUGCUGGAGCUGGCGGCGCAGCAGGCGGGCGUGGGCGGCGCGCUGGCGCUGGGCGCGCGCCUCGCGGCCGACGGCGCGCUGUCGGGCGCCGAGGCCAGGGAGGCCCUCCUGCUGGAGCUGGCGGCGCAGCAGGCGGGCGUGGGCGGCGCGCUGGCGCUGGGCGCGCGCCUCGCGGCCGACGGCGCGCUGUCGGGCGCCGAGGCCAGGGAGGUCAGUCCCCUGCCUUAUGUACUGCCACGUGCACGAGGCCCUCCUGCUGGAGCUGGCGGCGCAGCAGGCGGGCGUGGGCGGCGCGCUGGCGCUGGGCGCGCGCCCUCGCGGCCGACGGCGCGCUGUCGGGCGCCGAGGCCAGGGAGGUCAGUCCCCUGCCUUAUGUACUGCCACGUGCACGAGGCCCUCCUGCUGGAGCUGGCGGCGCAGCAGGCGGGCGUGGGCGGCGCGCUGGCGCUGGGCGCGCGCCUCGCGGCCGACGGCGCGCUGUCGGGCGCCGAGGCCAGGGAGGCCCUCCUGCUGGAGCUGGCGGCGCAGCAGGCGGGCGUGGGCGGCGCGCUGGCGCUGGGCGCGCGCCUCGCGGCCGACGGCGCGCUGUCGGGCGCCGAGGCCAGGGAGGCCCUCCUGCUGGAGCUGGCGGCGCAGCAGGCGGGCGUGGGCGGCGCGCUGGCGCUGGGCGCGCGCCUCGCGGCCGACGGCGCGCUGUCGGGCGCCGAGGCCAGGGAGGCCCUCCUGCUGGAGCUGGCGGCGCAGCAGGCGGGCGUGGGCGGCGCGCUGGCGCUGGGCGCGCGCCUCGCGGCCGACGGCGCGCUGUCGGGCGCCGAGGCCAGGGAGGCCCUCCUGCUGGAGCUGGCGGCGCAGCAGGCGGGCGUGGGCGGCGCGCUGGCGCUGGGCGCGCGCCUCGCGGCCGACGGCGCGCUGUCGGGCGCCGAGGCCCUCCUGCUGGAGCUGGCGGCGCAGCAGGCGGGCGUGGGCGGCGCGCUGGCGCUGGGCGCGCGCCUCGCGGCCGACGGCGCGCUGUCGGGCGCCGAGGCCAGGGAGGCCCUCCUGCUGGAGCUGGCGGCGCAGCAGGCGGGCGUGGGCGGCGCGCUGGCGCUGGGCGCGCGCCUCGCGGCCGACGGCGCGCUGUCGGGCGCCGAGGCCAGGGAGGCCCUCCUGCUGGAGCUGGCGGCGCAGCAGGCGGGCGUGGGCGGCGCGCUGGCGCUGGGCGCGCGCCUCGCGGCCGACGGCGCGCUGUCGGGCGCCGAGGCCAGGGAGGCCCUCCUGCUGGAGCUGGCGGCGCAGCAGGCGGGCGUGGGCGGCGCGCUGGCGCUGGGCGCGCGCCUCGCGGCCGACGGCGCGCUGUCGGGCGCCGAGGCCAGGGAGGUGCGGCUGCAGCUGCGCCUGCUGGCGGAGCGCUGGGAGCAGCUGCGCGCGCGCGGCAUGGCGCGCCAGGCGCAGGUGCACGAGGCUCUGAUGAGGGCCCAGCAAGAAACUAGACACGAGUUCCGACAAUGGCUGACAGCGACAGAAGACCGCAUCUCGAAGCUCGGUCCCUUGCCCGGCGACAGCCCAGAAGAGGUUGAAGCCAGUCUGGCGGCGAUUACUGCUCUGCAUGAGGCUCUACGCGAACAACAACCUAGAGUGGACGCUUUGGCCGACUGCGUCUUAGUUUUGGAUGAUAAUGAAGACACAGCGGGGGUGGUAGAGAUGGAAGACGAGUUACGAGCACUGGGGGAGCGUUGGUCGCACACUUGUCAGUGGACGCUGGCGCAGCUGGCUCGGUUACAGGCGCUGCAGGACUUGCAGCCCACCGGCGCCGAGGAACAGCUCAAACAGAUGGAAGCGAACCCCGUAUCAACCGUCCAGGAGGUCCUGGAGCGCAUCGGCACGCUGCAGCAGAUCCAGCACUCUGUCUCCCUCCAGCAGGCGCUGGCGGCGCAGCACGCGGAGCGCGCCGCCGCGCUGGUGGCCGAGGGCGCGGCGGCCGGCGUGGAGCUGGGCGGCGUGCUGGCGCGCGCCGAGGAGCUGCAGGACCGCGCGGAGGCGCUACUCAUGAUCCUCGACGUCCAGGCGCAAAGGAUACGCGAGCAGGGCUUCGAAGUGGAGCUGGUGAGCACGCAGCAGGCCCCGCUGGAGGCCGCGACCAGCGCGACCAGCGACGCGCGCCGCAGCAAGAAGCCGCGUCUCUCGGACGGCGCCGACUUCCAGGCCGGCUACCGGCCCUACGAGACCUGGGCCAGGACCGCCUCCGACACGCUGGAAAAGUGCGCGCGAGAUUUAGAAGAUUCGUCCGUGCCUUGUGCCGCGGUGUCGGCGACUUUAGAGCGUUUGGACAAGGAGCUGUCCGCGCAGCGGCAGGACUUCGCCCACGUCGAGGAGAUCCAGCGGCGCCUGGCCACCGACCCCGCGCUCCAAGGUACGUUAGAGCGGCUGGACGAGGAGCUGUCCGCGCAGCGGCAGGACUUCGCCCACGUCGAGGAGAUCCAGCGGCGCCUGGCCACCGACCCCGCGCUCCAAGGUACGUUAGAGCGGCUGGACGAGGAGCUGUCCGCGCAGCGGCAGGACUUCGCCCACGUCGAGGAGAUCCAGCGGCGCCUGGCCACCGACCCCGCGCUCCAAGGUACGUUAGAGCGGCUGGACGAGGAGCUGUCCGCGCAGCGGCAGGACUUCGCCCACGUCGAGGAGAUCCAGCGGCGCCUGGCCACCGACCCCGCGCUCCAAGGUACGUUAGAGCGGCUGGACGAGGAGCUGUCCGCGCAGCGGCAGGACUUCGCCCACGUCGAGGAGAUCCAGCGGCGCCUGGCCACCGACCCCGCGCUCCAAGAGGAGGCCGAGCAGCACGCCAAAAUGAUCGAAGAGCUGAAACAGCGCUGGGACGACAUCCAGCGCGGCGCCACCGCCCUGCGCAACACCAUGAACCUGCUGCGGGACAAGGACGGCUUCCACGCCGCGGCGGCCGCUCUCCGAGAGGCCCUCGCCGACGCCCGGGCCUGGCGGGACCGCAUGCUCAAGGACAAGCCCUCCACCAACCAACUCAUACACCUGCGAAAUAAGCUGCGCGCGCUCCGACAGCUGGAGAUCAAGCGUAAAGAACUUGACGCGCAAUCGAUCAUUUUACUAACCAAGCCCAUCGCGCCCGCUUAUAAAGAAGACAUAGAAACUACUGCGAAACGACUGGGGCUCGAGUACGAGGAACUUUUGAAUUAUUUGAGCGCUAAAGAAGUCGAAAUCAAGCUGGCGAUCAAUAAGAAACCUCAGGAAACUGUUAAGGAUGAGUUCGAGAAUCUCCAGCGGAAGAUUCAGGACAUCGAAUCCCGAGUCAUCGUCGAGCAUGUCAUGUUUUCUACCGCUGAGUCCAUGGAGAAUAAAGCCAAGGAGCUUAAGGGUCUUCGUAGUGAGCUGGAAGAGCUGCAGGCGGGGUACGAUGAGGUGGUGAAGGCGAGAAGGCAGCAGUAUGAAGCCGGGAGCGUGCAGGAGUUGAAUGUGAGAAGCAGUUUGGAGAACUUGGUGACGAAGUUCGGAGACACGCAGGUGCUGCUGGAACAGAAGAUUGACAAGCUGGAGAACGGAGUAAAGCUGGUACAGCAGUUGGACGCUGACACGACGGAGCUGAAGCGAUGGCUGGACGAGGUGGACAAGUUCCUCGCCGACAAUGAAUUCAUUCCCAUCGGCGAUGUCCAGAUGCUGGAGAGUUUGCUGGACACCAGCAACAAAUACGACGAAGAAAAAGAGAAAUACGAAACGAUGUUAACCUCGAUCGACGACACCCGCGCCACGAUCCUCGAAGAUUGUGACGAGGCCCUCGGCAGCGCGCUCCGCCCCGCCGGCUCCCCCGCCCCGCGGUUCCGGGACACCACCCGGCGGGCUCGCACCUUGAACGAAGGCUUACGACGAGCCCUGGAACGCACUGAAAGCGUUUUCAGACAGAUAGCCGAUACUGAGAGCUGGUUGAAGGAGUUGGAGGCGCAGAUCCCCAAGGAGGAGGACUGUCGGAUAUCGGACUCGGCGGAGCUGUACAAGGUGAAGAUGGUGUUCCAGACGCUUAAGGACAAGUGUGACGAUAAGACGCAGGAGUUCAGGAAUUUGAACGAAGCCGGCAAUGACAUGAUGCUGGCGGCAGAGGAGCGCCGGCCGGCGGCGCUGGCGCGGCGGCUGACGGCGCUGUCGGCGCGCUGGACGGACGUCACGCGCGGGGUGUACGAGCGGUACAAGGUGCUGGCGGAGGCGUGGCACGAGACGGGCGAGCUGCGCGCGGGGCUGGCGCAGGAGGCGGCGUGGCUGGACGGGCUGGAGCGGCGGCUGCGCUCCCGCCACCGACCCGCCGACGCCGAGGAACUGUCCGCGCAGUUAUAUGACCUGGAAAGCUACAUGCGCAACCACUCGUCGCUGCGCCUGGCGCGCAUCCAGGACGUGGGGCGCCAGCUGGCCGACGCGCACAUCAUGGCGGGCUGGAUCCGCGCCGAGACCCGCGCGCUGCAGGACCGCUGGGACGCGCUGCAGGCCGAGGCGGCGUCUCGCACGGCCACGCUAGAGGGCGCGGCUCGGGAAGCGGCGCAGUCGGAGGUGGCCGUGGACCGCCUGCAGCAGUGGCUGCGACACGCGCAGGCCAGGCUCAGGGACGCCGACGACAGGGACCACCAGGAUCUCGUGGAGCAAGUGGAGACGCAGCGCGAGUCCCUAAAAGAGAUCGAGACUCAAGUGGAGGCCUACCGCGCCGCCGGCAGACCUGAAGCCGCCGAGCGCUUACAGCAUCAACUGGACUUGCUGCGUCGGCAGUUGGAAGAAUGUGUCGAACGGUUCUCCACGCUGGGUACUCCCGAACCAUCCGACGAGGACAACAGCCUCGAAGGCAGACUGUCCCGAGCCAUGCGCACCCUGCGCGCCGUGCAAGCCGGAGCAGACAGGGAUUUAGCGCUGAGUUCAGCGCAGCCCGACGCCGUGCGCGCCGUGCUGCGGCGCUGCCUGAAAUUCUACCGCACGCUGAGCGAGAUCAAGUCCGAAGUCGAGUCAGUGAUCAAAACGGGCCGCAAGAUGGCCGAAGAAGAAGAUGGUCGCGAGCUGUCUCCCCGCAUCGACGCCCUGAAGGAACUCUACAACCGGCUCGGCGCGCAAGUCACCGAGUCCAAGACUAGGUUGGAAAAUGCGUUGCUUACGGCCAGGGAGAUACAUAACGAUUUAGGUGCUCUAGGGACUUGGUUGGACGGUCUACAAGCCGGCGUCGGCCGCCAGACCUUGGAGCUCGAAAUGUCUCGCAUGGAAGCCAUUAAAGACAAACUGAACGCCAACCACCGCGAGUACGCUAAAAGCUGCGAUCCUGCCAGCCUAGCCGAACUACGCGAGCAAGUAGACGAAAUCAACGCGCGAUGGGAGCGACUAAAAAAACACGGAGUAACCAAAGAUGAAAGCUCUCCUCAGAAAUUUUUGGAUGACGUCGCGCGAGAGCUAGCCAGCCAAGCGACCCUGACAGAUGCGAAAUUACGCGCGUUGGAUGGCGAACUACGCGCGCGCGCCAGCGAUAUUCGCGCGACGAAUGAUCCAGCCCUCGUCAAGCAGCUGGAUAAGUUGCUCGCCGAUGUCGCGGCGCCGCGCGGCUACGAGCGCGUGUCCGACACCGUGAAGCGGCGGCUCGAGCCCGCGCCCGCCUCCGCCUCCGCCUCCGCGUCCGCCUCCGCUCCCGCCGCCGCCCCCUCCCCGCAGCCGAAGCGCUCGCGCAUCCCCCUGGCGCUGCGCAGCCCCGUGCCGCUGCGCCGGGAGCCGCAGCCGCGCGCCGCCUCCGCCCCCGCCACGCCCGUCACACCCCGCCGCGACAGCAGCACCUUCAACCUGCUCGCUGACAGCGACCUCUUCACCCAGAUAUCACAAGACAAAGUACAAGUCGAUCCGCCGCAGAAAGUCGAGCGAUCGAAAGCGGAACAAUCGACGCAUGUCGUAGCUGUUCGGGAGCGCGAGAUCGUCAAAGCUACUAUUAGCCCGGUUGAACCAGAGUUGAUACCCGGCGAGGAGGCUCUACAGUUCAUCCCGCAACGCGCUGAGGUAGUAGAGGUUAUAGACGAUACGGUCGAGCCGACCGAGCGGUCCCAUGAAAAACGCCCGUCCGUCGACCUCGGUACGGAGCCGAAAACCUUCGUCGUUGAAGUCAAAACUUUGGAGCAGCGUAUGAAACCGACUCUAGGUAUCCUUAAGCGCCGAAGCACGGACGAUGAUAAACCGAAAUCGGUCAAGAUAAGUAUGGCCGCUCCUGAUGUUAUACCAUCAUUAGAACCUCAGGAAGGUACGAAUACACCUCCACCGACACCCAUGGAUGGCGCAGUAGUCCAAUGCCCGUUGAUGUUCGAUCUAAGUUUGAGGCAGCAUGCGGCACAGCUGAACCUUCGUAGGGAUGAAGUCAACGAGUAUCUGAUCCUAGAUGAAGUGCCUCGAGAACAACCGGCCUUGCCUGAACCUUCAGCCACUGAUGAGCUCGCCACACAUGUGCCUGAAACUACACCUGAAGAAAAAGAGAGUGUGAUUAAAGAUGCUGAUAAGAGAAGCCAGUUGAAUCUGAUGAACAGGUUCAUAGAUGAGAGAGCUCAUGAGAUCCUGCAGAAAUCUCCAGCCGGAUCAUCAGAGGAAGUUAACAAUGGCAUACCAAAAGAGCAACCAGAAGUCCCACACCUUGAGGACAAAUCUAGCGACGGCGCUGAAGAGGUCAUUUACUCAGAAGUCGAAGAUAUGCCUCAGUCGGCGGCCCGAAGUCCGGCGGAACUGCCUCUGUGCACGUCCACGCCGCUGAAGGAGAUGCAGAUGGACGUGCAGCCCAAGAGGGAGAGGGACAGCAAGAGCCCCAGCCCGCGACGGUCGCAUAUUCCGUUGAGCCGGGAGCGCCUGCGCUUGCAUACUGAGCGAUUGCAAGGAUCGGAACCUGAGUCGCCGCCAUUAUCCCCCGUGUCGGCCGGCUCACGCGGCUCGCCCCCGCUGUCCCCACUGUCCCCGCUGGAGGGCACCGCCCCCGACAGCCUGUUAGGGGCAUUAGGGGCUGCCCCUGAUGAGGAGCUUGAGGAGUACGAGGCUGCGGCGACCGCGGCAGCCAGGCGGAUGGAUGUGAUGAUGGUCACUGUUGGGGCUGUGGACGCGGAAAAGGAUCCCGGCAAGCGGCUCGAGAUCCUGAAGAACCAAUUAGGCGCUCUAGCGCCUGAAGCAGCCGCUUUAAUCUCCCGCGGCGACAGUCUAGUAUACGCCCGCCAUGCGACCAGUCCAUUACUGGCAGAAUACGUGCGUACGCACAGCGACCGACUGCGCAAUAAAUGGGCGCAGGUCAUGGCUGAGAUCGAGGCCAAGAGGAACGUCGCCAUACGGGCUGAGGACAACAUAAAGGAGCUGAAUACCCUCCUGGAAAGCCUGCAGCGCUGGUUGAAGCGCCUCGAAGGUGACAUCAAAGCCGAGCGCGGCCUCGUGAAGGAGGAGUUCCUCGACCGGGAGGGCGACGUCGAGCGAGUGUCGGAGCUGUGUCGAGCUCUACGGGCAGCUAGAGUUGGAUACCCGGAGAGAGCUGUAGCUGACUUAGGACAAGCAUGGACCAGAGCGAGACAGCUUUACGAGGCCACGCACAAGCCGAAGCGGGACAAGAAGGGCAAGAUCGACGCAGGCGAAGCGUUAUGUGGCGAGUACGUGACGCGCGCGAACCGUUGUCGUGAGCGUGUCGCCGCCGCCGCGCGCGCGCUGCAGGCGGCGCCGCUCGGCCGGCGGGACUACGACGACUUCCCGCUGCAGGAGGACGCGCUGGCGAAAGUAAAGUCGUCCAUAUCGGAGCUGGAAGGCGUCGUGGCUGAAACCGAGAGCGUGUUCACGUCGCUCAGCCAGCAACCGAGCGACAACGCGCAAGCGACGCGCGUGCGACGCAAACUGCAGACCGAGUGGACCGCGCUCAAAGAUAACUAUAAGGAGCGCCGCGAGAGAUGGACUCGCUGCCAGGCGGAGUGGGCAGCGCUGUACGCGGCGCUGGAGGCGUGCGGCGCCUGGCUGGACAACGCCGAGCGCUCGCUGCAGCAGGCGCGCAGCAGCCAGGAACCUCUCAAGGACCUGAAGCAGAAGUUGCGAGACCUGGAGCAACAGAUGACAAGCCGCGCAAGCGCAGUGUCGGCGGCGCGCGCGGGCGGGCGCGCCGUGCUGGGCGCGUGCGGCGGCGCGCUGGCGCGCGGCGUGCAGGACCAGCUGGAGCAGCUGCUGGCGCGCUGGCUCAAGGCGGCCGCGGACCUGCAGGCGCUGCAGCACAAGGUAUCUUCGCUGGAGGCAUCCCGGGAUUCCCCGCGGGACGCCGAGACAGCUCUGGCCGGAGUGCGCGCGUUACUAGACACCACGAGUGCCAACCCCUCCGACCGGACCAGCCUGUCCGUGCGACUCAGCCUCGUCAAGGUAUACUUACUAGACACCACGAGUGCCAACCCCUCCGACCGGACCAGCCUGUCCGUGCGACUCAGCCUCGUCAAGGUAUACUUACUAGACACCACGAGUGCCAACCCCUCCGACCGGACCAGCCUGUCCGUGCGACUCAGCCUCGUCAAGGUAUACUUACUAGACACCACGAGUGCCAACCCCUCCGACCGGACCAGCCUGUCCGUGCGACUCAGCCUCGUCAAGGUAUACUUACUAGACACCACGAGUGCCAACCCCUCCGACCGGACCAGCCUGUCCGUGCGACUCAGCCUCGUCAAGGUAUACUUACUAGACACCACGAGUGCCAACCCCUCCGAUCGGACCAGCCUGUCCGUGCGACUCAGCCUCGUCAAGGUACACUUACUAGACACAACGAGUGCCAACCCCUCCGACCGGACCAGCCUGUCUGUGCGACUCAGCCUCGUCAAGGUACACUUACUAGACACCACGAGUGCCAACCCCUCCGACCGGACCAGCCUGCCCGUGCGACAGCCUCGUCAAGCCUGCCCGUGCGACAGCCUCGUCAAGGUAUACUUACUAGACACCACGAGUGCCAACCCCUCCGACCGGACCAGCCUGUCCGUGCGACUCAGCCUCGUCAAGGUAUACUUACUAGACACCACGAGUGCCAACCCCUCCGACCGGACCAGCCUGUCCGUGCGACUCAGCCUCGUCAAGGUAUACUUACUAGACACCACGAGUGCCAACCCCUCCGACCGGACCAGCCUGUCCGUGCGACUCAGCCUCGUCAAGGUAUACUUACUAGACACCACGAGUGCCAACCCCUCCGACCGGACCAGCCUGUCCGUGCGACUCAGCCUCGUCAAGGCGCGCUCGGAGGAGCUGGGCACGCGGCUGCAGGACGCCGGCCCGAUGCAGGCGCAAGUGCAGCAGGCCUGCGCAGCACUCGGCGCGCACCGCGACUUCCUCUCCCAGAAGCUGGCGGCGCUGGGCAAGUUCGCGGCGCGCCUCGACGCGGCCGCCGCGCGCGCGCAGGCCGCCCGCGCGCGCCGCGCCGCCGCGCCGCAGGACGCCGCCGCCCUGGCCGAGGUGCAAGAGCUGAUCAGCUCGCAAGAAACGGAAGUGCGCGAGGUGCUUGAGAACUACAACAACCUGGAGCGCGAGUGCGGCGCGGCGCGGCAAGCCGUCGCGCCGGCGCUGCGCGAGCGAGCCGCGAGACUGAGACAGGACUGGGCCGCACUGCGGGGCCAUGACCUGCCGACGGUGGUGAGCGAGACCCCGCGGCGCGGGUCCGACACGCCCAGCGAGCGCAAGGGCUCCACCGACAGCCAGGCCAGCGAUUGGAGCGGCCGCGCGUCGGGCCGCCGGCGCUCGGCGCAGUCGCAGGCGCCGGCUGUGCUGCUCGCGCACUUUGACACUACCGUGUCGCAGAUCCGCGAGUGGGUAUCGUGCGAGACAGAGAUGCUGCGUGCGCAGGCCGUGGCCGUGGGCGAUGUGGACGACAUCCUGAACCAGCUGGAUAAACAGAAGGGCGUGCUGCGUGAGCUGGAACAGAAGAAGCCGCAGCUGGACGAGCUGCUGCACACGGCCGAGAGCCUCAAGGGCACCGAGAACCGCCAACAGCUCCAUGGAAAAGUAACCGCCCUCCGCGAGCACUGGGAUGAGGCCAACGCGCGCGUGCUCCAGCGCAAGGCGCAGCUCGACGCCAUGCUGGGCGACAGCCAGCGGUACGAGGCGAGGCGGCGAGACGCCGACGCCUGGCUGACGAGGAUGGAGACCAGACUCGCGGCUAUGGCGCAGCCGGGGCAUACGGCUGACGUGCUGGAGAUGCAACUUAGAGAACAGAAGUCGUUCCACGCCGAAGUGCACCAGUACAAGCACCAAAUCGAGCUGUUCGGUCAACUGACACAGCGCUUGAUCGCCGUCUAUCGCAACGAUGAUACGUCUCGCAUAAAGCGGGCCACUGAGUCCAUCAACCAUCGGUACAACGAGCUUAAUAACAGUAUCGUGGCUCGCGGCAAAGCCCUGCACUCCGCCGUCUCAUCACUGCAGAACUUCGACCGGUCGCUGGAGAAGUUCGUGGCAUGGCUCAGCGAGGCGGAGUCGCUACUCGACGCGGCGGAGAGGGACCCUCAUCUGCUCAAGGACCUCCAAUCAGAGAUCGAGACCCACCGCGAUGUGUACGCGUCGCUCACCGGCACCGGCCGGCGGCUGCUCGGCUCCCUGUCCUCGCAGGAGGAUGCCGUCAUGCUGCAGCGGAGACUGGAUGAGAUGAACCAGCGAUGGCACCAUCUCAAGGCCAAGAGUAUGGCUAUCAGAAACCGCCUAGAGAGCAACGCUGAGCACUGGUCCGCAUUACUGCUAUCUCUGCGUGAGCUAACCGAGUGGGUGAUCCGCAAGGAGACGGAGCUGGGUGCGCUUGCGCCGCCGCGCGGGGAUCUUGCGCAGGUCCUUAAACAACAGGACGACCACCGUGCGUUCCGAAGGCAGCUGGAAGACAAGCGACCAGUCGUUGAGAGCAACCUACUCAGCGGUAGGCAGUACAUCGCCAACGAGCCUCCACUCUCUGAUACCAGCGAUACUGAACCAAGCCGUGAUAGUGAAGGCGACUCGCGCAACUACCGCUCUGCCGAAGAACAAGCGCGCGAUUUGGCUCGCUCGAUCCGACGAGAAGUGGCCAAGUUGGAGAGCAAGUGGAAUUCGCUCGUGGAUCGCAGCGACGCUUGGGGACGGUGUUUGGACGACGCUGUACAGCGCGUCCGCACCUUCACAUCAUCCCUCGACGAGCUAACCGGACGCGUGCAAGCCGCCGAAACCGCGCGCUCAUCAUGGCGAGGGCCCGGCGACGCACGCGAUGCGCGCGCACAGCUCGACGCGGUGUCGCGUGCGCGCGCGCAGCUCCCGCCUCUGAGGAGACUCGCCGACGAGCUGCAAGCACAGCUGCAGGCGUUGGCGAGGGACAAGAUACAGAUCCCAGAGCAACUGGUCGCUAGGCUUGAUGAUUUGAAUACCAGGGUCGGCGCACUCUGUGCCGGCGGCGAGGAGCGAGCAAGGCAGCUAGCCGGUGUGGCGAGAGAUGGAGGAGCGGGCGCGGCGCAGGGCUUCCUCGCCGGCUCGGUGGAGCAGCCCUGGGAGCGCGCCGUUACUCCCAACAACGUACCUUACUACAUCAACCACGAGCUCGAGACGACCCACUGGGACCAUCCGAAGAUGAUCGACCUGAUGAACUCCCUCGCCGACCUCAACGAGGUCCGGUUCUCCGCGUACCGGACCGCGCUCAAGCUGAGGACCGUGCAGAAGGCUUUAUGCAUGCACAUGCUACAACUGCCAGCCGCAUUAGAAGCCUUCGAUUCGCACGGGCUGCGCGCGCAGAACGACCGUCUCAUCGAUAUACCAGACAUGAUCACUGUGCUCACAUCUCUAUACGAGGUGAUAGCCGCCGAAAACCCCAGCCUAGUGAAUGUACCCCUCUGCCUAGACCUGUCUAUCAACUGGUUGCUCAACGUGUACGACAGCCAGCGGACCGGACAAAUCAGAGUGCUGAGCUUCAAAGUUGGCCUUGUGCUGCUCUGCAAGGGGCAUCUUGAGGAGAAGUAUAGGUAUCUCUUCCGGCUGAUAGCUGACCCAUCAUGCAGAGCAGACCAGAGGAAACUUGGACUAUUACUGCACGACUGCAUACAGGUACCAAGGCAACUGGGUGAAGUGGCCGCAUUCGGAGGGUCCAACAUCGAGCCCUCAGUGCGGAGCUGCUUCGAGCAGGCCUCGGCGGCGGCUAAAGAGGGCAACAAGGGCGGCACCCUGGAUAGGAAGGGAGCAACAGAAAAAGACAAAGAAAAGGAAGACGUCAAAGAAAAGACCCUAGAACGCGACGCCGACGGGCAGCUGCAGUUCAUCGAAGCCUUCCACUUCCUGCAGUGGCUGCAGAAGGAGCCGCAGUCCAUGGUGUGGCUGCCGGUGCUGCAUCGGCUGGCGGCCGCCGAGAACGCCAAGCAUCAGGCCAAGUGUAACAUCUGCAAGGAGUACCCGAUACAAGGCUUUAGAUAUCGCUGCCUGAAAUGUUUCAACUUCGACAUGUGCCAGAAGUGCUUCUUCAGCGGACGCAAGGCCAAGAACCACAAGCUGACGCAUCCCAUGCAGGAGUACUGCACGGCGACGACAUCAGGCGAGGACGUGCGAGAUUUCACACGCGCGCUCCGCAACAAGUUCAAGUCGGCUCGCUACUUCAAAAAGCACCCGCGGGUUGGAUACCUACCCGUCCAAACUGUGCUUGAAGGCGACGCGCUGGAGUCCCCCGCGCCGUCGCCGCAGCACGGCGCCGGCGCCCACCUCGGCGGCGACGACAUGCACUCGCGGCUCGAGCUGUAUGCGACGAGGCUGGCUCAGGUCGAGUUGGGCUCGAGACCUGCUGAUACUCCUGACAGCGAUGAAGAACACCAGCUGAUCGCCCAAUACUGUCACUCGCUGAACGGCGGCGGCGAGACAGAAGAUGCUCCACGAUCACCCGUGCAGGUCGUCUCUAUCAUACACCGCGAGCAGCGACACGAACUAGAAGCCAUGAUCAGGGAGCUUGAAGAAGAAAAUGCGAGCCUGCAGGCAGAGUACGAGCGUCUGAAGGCCAAGCAGACCCCAGGGUCAACGCCAGAAGAGCAGCACGGUGUUAGUGACAACAGGAAUGCUCCGGUCGAUCAGGACAUGAUGGCAGAAGCCCGCCUGCUCCGCCAACACAAGGGUCGUUUGGAAGCUCGCAUGCAGAUCCUCGAGGAACACAAUCGGCAGCUGGAAGCGCAGUUGCAGCGUCUCCGACGUCUGCUCGAUGAGCCGUCGUCGGGCUCCCCGCCGGCGCGCACGGGCACGCUGCAGACGCGCUCGGUCACGGCCUCGCAGCUCGCCACCGACUCGCCCGCCAAGAUGCACAACGGCCUCUACCACGACUCGCAGACCAAUGGCCGCUGGGCAGGCGCCAGCGCGGGCGAGGGCCGCGAGGCGCUGGAGCGGCCGCCGCCGCCGCCGCACAACGUGCACUCGCUCAUGCACUGCGCAGAUGACCUUGGACGCGCCGUCGAAGAACUAGUAUCUGUCAUGUCAGAGGAGCAGACAGAGAGCACCGCACCUCCCCAAUACUCCAACGGCAAACCUCCCAAAGAAAAAUAAGGGACACAACACGGACCGCGCUCCGAGUUGCCAGCGUAAAAAAAUAUUCCGGUGGCCAGGUUCACCGCUUUAUCCCGCUCUGGUAACACUGUUGUAAAAAUACUUGCUGCAAUGGUAAUGCUUAUAUUUCUGUAUAUUCACCAUUUAUUUGCAAUGACGCGCGAUUUAUUUUGUACGUGAAAUUGACGCGCUCUUGUUUGGUUUAAGGUGGAAGGUAUUACUAAUUUUCGACUCAUCACUAACCUGCACAUGCUGUUAUAUUGUACUUAUGUAAGUGUCUAACAUUCCAUUGUCAUCACUAAUAGCGAUCGAACGGGACUUCAUCAAAUUCUUGUACUACGGUAUAAGGUAAUUUAGGAAGGUCUAUGAGCUAUAGAACUAAUUGUUAUCAUCAGAGGUUUGCGAGUCAGGACAAUGUCAUCAUCAUUUUCUAAUCAUUAGAAUUGGAGAAGGGCGCUUGAUGUUAACGAAAAAUCCUGUUGGCAACCUUAAGUUUAGUUUAUAGCAGCUCAGAGUUCGAUUAAGACGAUUAUCGUAUGCAACGCUUAUUGUACGGAUAAGGGCAUGCCAUUGUUGCAGUACAAAUCGUGUUGAGUCAUUCUAUUCUUUAUCUACUAUUUUUAUAUAGCAACACAAUUUUUCUACUAUUUUUUUAAUUCUCAUGCGGCAAUACCAACAGUGUUGCCAGAGCGAAGCGCAACGAAAAAGACAAGUAACGAGCAUUUAUACUGUAAUGUUGUACCAAAUUUGUGGAUACUUGAUAAACUUAUCUAUACACUUAUUAAUUGUUUAAGUACAUAUCUUGUUAGUACAAUCUCCAUUAUCAUAUCACUUCUUGUAAAUUUCCAUAUCAUUUGCUGUGUAUAAAAAAACUGGCACGUAUCACGAAAACUUAUAAGUCCAUCGUUUCGUUGUGACGUCACGAUGAACAGCUUGGAAGGGGCUGAAAGCUUUAAUAGAAUCACAAUUUAGCUUUAAACUACCCUGUUUUGAGACGAUUUAUCAGAAACCUGGCCGAAAACGAGCCCAUUGGGGCCGAUUAGUGGAAAAUGUAUUGUUAUAUUAGAUAGAAAUCUCUGUUCUUGAGCGUACAAUAUAUGCCAACUGGCCGUAGUUAUAUGGAUUCGUUACAGUUCGCUAGUAGGUGUAGUCGUAGCCAAACAAUAUCAGCAUUAUUAUGGUAUCUGUACGAUAAGCCAUGGCAGUUUACUGACUUCUAAAUUGACCUAAAUAUCACUGGUAAAUUGUGCUAAAUCGCCAUGGCCUAUAAUGCAAGCCACUAUUAUGCAUGUAUGUUAUAUAAACGCGUUAACGAAUGAAUAUAAUAUUAUUAGAUGAAACUAAUUGCGCAGCUUCACGCAAUUUAGUCGUAUGAUGGUUCACUUCUCUAAACUGUACCUCAGACUGUAACUCUUCUUAGCGACUAUAACUACUAAAAUAUGUAUCCAACUUUUUCACUAUACCUAACCUCGACGGUAGGCCACGUUUUUACCUAUUGUAUGAGACCGUUUUUUAUGUCCCAUUCCGAUAUUCGGAUUUGUAACGUGUCUAGUAAGAUGCUGCCUACCUUUUAGAUAAGAAUAUAUUGGAGAGAUGACUUUUAUACGAAUGUUAAGUAUAUCUGUUGACGCUAAUUUUUACAAUAAGGACUUCCGAUUUAACCAUAUCACGGUUUAUUCAUUUUUUAGCGUGAAUUGAAAUUCUGAAUGUCAGUUUCGCGACCCAGCGUUUUUGCCGCUGGUAACAUUGCGGGAUUCCAAUUCACGCAACCGUUACGUUUAAAUUUAUUAUAAAUAAUUUGGCUAAUAUAGUAUCUAAGAAAAAGCACAAUUAAAUAUUAUUUUAACGAAAUGAAAGUAAUUAAAUUUACACUAAUAUAUUGUUAAUAAUUUUAUUAUAUCUGUAUUGAUUUAUGUAGAAUGGAGGUUUUGUUUCGAAACUAAUUAUAUUUUAACUUUUGGCAAUUAUAUAAUAUAUUCUUCUUCCUCAUUUAUUUGUGUUUAUAAUGUUUUAGGAGUUAAAUAAAUCCAAAUAAACAUUCGGCAUAGUAUA